AUGGCUGCGACGAGAAAGUUGCAAGGUGAAAUAGACAGGUGCCUUAAGAAAGUUUCCGAGGGUGUGGAAACGUUCGAGGACAUCUGGCAGAAGGUACACAAUGCCACCAACAGCAAUCAGAAGGAAAAAUAUGAGGCUGAUCUCAAAAAGGAAAUCAAGAAACUCCAGAGGUUACGCGAUCAGAUUAAAAGCUGGAUCGCUUCUGGAGAGAUAAAGGAUAAAAGUACUUUAUAUGAAAACAGAAAAUUAAUUGAAACGCAAAUGGAACGAUUUAAAGUGGUAGAAAGAGAAACAAAAACGAAAGCAUACUCAAAAGAAGGACUAGGAGCAGCUCAGAAGCUUGACCCAGCUCAAAAAGAACGAGAAGAAGUGAGCAACUGGCUAGCGAAUUCAAUAGAAACGCUAAAUUUACAACUAGACACCUUCGAGUCCGAGAUCGAAUCCCUGCUGGCAGGAAAGAAAAAGAGGCUGGACAAAGACAAGCAGGACAGGAUGGACGAGUUAAAGUCCAAGCUAGACAGACACCGGUACCAUAUACGUAAACUGGAAACCUUACUCCGCAUGCUGGACAACAUGUCUGUGGAAGUAAAUACGAUAAAGCGAAUAAAAGACGACGUGGAGUACUACAUAGAGUCCUCUCAGGAGCCGGACUUUGAAGAGAACGAGUACAUCUACGACGACAUAAUCGGGCUGGACGAGGUGGAGCUUUCGGGAGUGGGAAUCCCUUCGUCGGCGACCACCGACAGCAACAACAGCAACGAGACCGGCGGGACUCCGACCUCGACGAACUCUUGCUCGUCUCCGAUACCGUCUCCACCUCUCAGCUCGACGAUGCACAAUCACUCGAGCGAUAGUUCCACAGAUAAUGACAAAAAGCCCAAGGUCGAGACAGUUACUCCCGUUAAGCCGACAGCAGUGAGGCCGCUAUUGAACUCGUCACAAACGAGCAUUCCAGCGACGGGUAGUCCUGCCAACAAUAAUAAUAAACCUAGUACGUUAACGAGCAGUACGCCGAGUAAAAUCAUUCCCAUGACACCUAGCCAUAGCUCGCCUAAUUCAAAUAGUAAUCAUGUUGCCACCAGUAAUGCCGCUCAAAACAGUGAGAAUGGCCUUUUAUCAUCGUCAAUGUCUAGCAUAACUUCACCAGUAUCUCAAUCACUAUCCCAGCAGCAACUAUCGCAAUCCCAACAGCAGUUAUCAACGUCAUCGCAGCUCCAAUCACCAGCACCAGCGCCUCAACACCAGUCCAUAACGCAGCUGACACCACAGCCCCAACAAGUACCACCAGCUCAAGUGCAAAGCGUGACGCAGCUGCAGCUGAGCUCGGGAAACCCUGCGGCCCCGAGCUCUGGGUCGAAUAUUUCUUCAGGACACUUGCUGCACCAGCCGAGCCAGAACCACAACAGCAACGAGACGGAAAUAACGACGCCGGUACCACCGGCUUCACCGCACUCGUCAGCCAGCAGCAGGCCCUCGCCAGUAAAUGCCAGCUCUCCAAUUCCCUCCACUGCCAACGGUCUCAUAUCUAAAAUCCCCGACGGCAUGUCGACUCUCAAGUCGAUGGCCCAGCAAGUCAUCGUAAGAGCUGGACUCGAGAUACCACCUGGUGAACCCACCAGAAAUAUUUUUGAUAAUUCUAAGACAAACAAUGCCACCAGUGAAGCCCAUAUUCCGCCGUUACUGGGUGUUGCACCUCUCGGCCCGGUGCAACUGCCUCACUCGGAUACUGUCGAAUUCUUCCAACGACUGUCAACAGAGACGCUUUUCUUUAUAUUUUAUUACAUGGAAGGUUCUAAGGGCCAGUAUUUGGCAGCCAAAGCACUCAAAAAACAAAGCUGGAGGUUUCACACUAAGUAUAUGAUGUGGUUCCAAAGGCACGAAGAGCCAAAAAUAAUCAAUGAGGAGUAUGAACAAGGCACAUACAUCUACUUUGAUUACGAAAAAUGGGGACAAAGAAAAAAAGAAGGCUUUACUUUCGAGUACAAGUACUUAGAAGACAGAGAUCUUAAUUAAGAAAG